AUGAUCUCCCCUUCACAAGCCUCGCAGGCCCUGCACUACGGCUGUGCCCUGAGCGCCGUGCUCAUCGGCCUUUCGGCUUCAGUUCAGUCAGGCCAAGCCAAGAGGAAACACACAUCAACGAAAGAUUACAAACAUCGCCGAUCAAAACCCGAGAAAAUUGCGAAACUCAUCGUCGUUAUUACAUACGUCUCUGAUCUAGUCGCUGCAAUUUUUCAGCCCGACGCUUUCAAUAAGGAGCAAGCUCACAUUAUCCACGUCUUGCUGUCAACUUUCGCGUGGAUAGCGCUUUGUUCGAAUGGGAAUGUGCCACGACUUUUGCUCAGCGCCUGCACUGCAACAUUCUUGCUCGAGAUUCCUCUGCUGGUUCUCAAUGUUCGUGGACGAUCAUUUUCUACCCCCGACGUUGUUUGUCUUGUUUGCCAAGGAGCUCGGAUCUUUGUCAUUGCCGGUUUAGUUUUGGUUGCUUUGGCCAGCACUACCAAUCGGGGCGGUAGCAGCGGAGCCUGCUCAGCAGAAAGUCAGCCUUUCCUGGGGUCGCAUGCACAAGAAGGGCCUGCAGACUAUGGAACCGAACGCUUCAGGGAUGAUACCGAUACCGAGAUCGCCAGUGAUGGCUCCGAAGACGAAGAUACAGACGACGACGAUAGCGCCAGCAUCAAGCGUCGGCGAGCCAAGAGACUAGAAGAGACGGGCGGAUGGCUGGGAUAUUUGAAAGACUUCAAAAUUUUUGUCCCGCUUCUGAUUCCCAGAAACGACAGAAAAGUUCAACUUUCGAUUGUUCUCUGCCUUCUGUGCAUGGCAGGUGGAAGAGCAAUGAUCAUCCUGAUCCCCCGUCAACUCGGCAUCGUCACCGACAAAAUCCUGGCGAAAGAAGCACCAUACGGUGCACUGGCCAUAUGGUUGCUUUUAAGUCUCAUCAGCGGCGAGUCAGGUCUGGGUUUGAUUGAAGCACUCGCCAAAAUUCCCAUCAAGCAGUUUUCAUACAGGCAGAUCACCAAUGCCGCCUUCAGUCACGUCAUGAACCUUCCCAUGGAGUUCCACGCCGAGAGAGACUCUGCAGAAGUCAUGAAGGCCAUUGAGCAGGGUGGAGCUCUUAGCAAUCUGCUCGAGACCGCCGUCAUUGACAUACUGCCGACAGUUGCGGACAUGUUCAUCGCACUCUGGUUCCUGUACUGGAAAUUCAACGCCUACGUCUCUCUGGCUAUGCUUGUGGCUUCUGUGGCUUUCACAACCUUGGAGAUCGUCACUUCGAACAUGAACCUCGCGAAUCGCAGGGCGUCAAGCAAAGCUGAAAGAGAGGAAGCGAGAAUCAUGCAUCAGGCUGUUCAAGGAUGGCAGACCGUCACGUAUUUCAACAUGUUCAAUUUCGAGAAGCGCCGCUUCGGCCAGGCUGUGGACUCGCAACUCGCCGCUAGCCGUAGAUAUGGGGUCGGCGAUGCUUUCAUUCAGGCUCUCCUGGAGGCGACCGUGCCAGUGACAUUUUUCGUGCUAGCAUGCCUGGUACUGUACGAGAUCACUAACGGCCGAGCUUCCCCCGGAGAUUUUGUGUUGCUCUUAACAUACUGGGAGUAUCUAGUCUGGCCUCUCAAAUUCCUCUCACACAAUUAUCGGUACUUGAUGUCAGACUUGGUGGAUGCCGAACGUCUUCUCAAUCUACUACAAACCAAGUCAACCAUCGUCGAAAGGGAGAACGCCAAGAACCUCACGCCCGUCAAAGGCCACGUCGCAUUUGAGAAUGUCGGCUUUGCCUACGAUCCGAGGAGACAGACGAUUGAACAGCUGGACGUGUCAGCAGCACCAGGAAAGACUAUCGCUUUGGUCGGAGAGACGGGCGCUGGAAAGUCAUCAAUCAUGAAAUUGCUGCUGCGAUUUUACGACGUCACAAGCGGUCGCAUCACCAUUGACGGCCAAGACAUUCGCGACGUCACUCUCACAUCGCUUCGCGAAGCCCUUGGGGUUGUUCCGCAGGACCCCUUGCUGUUUAACGCAUCCGUCAUGGAAAACUUGCGUUACGCACGGCCGUCUGCGACAGACGAAGACGUUUUCGAGGCAUGUCGGGCUGCUGCGAUCCACGAUCGGAUCCUGAGUUUCGCCGACGGCUACGAGAGCAAGGUUGGCGAGCAGGGGGUCAAACUUUCCGGCGGUGAAAUCCAGAGACUUGCCAUUGCGCGGGUAUUUUUAAAGGAUCCGCCCAUUCUGAUUCUCGACGAGGCGACGAGUGCGGUUGAUACGAUGACUGAGGCGAAUAUCCAGCAUGCUUUGGAGACUUUGAAGAGUGGCAGGACGACGUUUGUUAUUGCGCACAGACUCUCAACGGUUGUCAACUCGGACAAGAUUGUGGUCAUACACGAGGGUAGAGUGGUUGAAAGUGGUACGCACGAAGAAUUGUUAGCGCAAGGUAACAGAUACAAGGACUUUGUUUUUGGCCAUUCUUCGAUUGGGAUUUGGGCCAUUGGUGGCUGCCUCGUCGUUGCCAAAUUAGACAUUGCUCGGGACCGUAGAAACUCGAGAAUCAGAGUACGUUUUCAGGUUAAGCUCGAUGAGGAGCAUUUUCACAUUUGGCUGUCUUAA